AUGGAUCGCAAACAUAAACAUUCUGUGAAACUGAAUGAUGGACAUUACAUGCCAGUCCUUGGAUUUGGCACUUAUGCUCCUGCAGAUGUUCCUAAAAGCAAAGCUGCUGAGGCUACCAAAGUAGCUAUUGAUGUAGGUUUCCGUCACAUUGACUCAGCUUACUUCUAUCAAAAUGAGAAGGAGAUUGGAGAAGCCAUUCGAGAAAAGAUUGCUGAUGGGACUGUGACGAGAGAAGAAAUAUUCUACACCACCAAGCUUUGGGUUACUUUCCUUCGACCAGAAUUGGUCCGACCAGCCCUGGAAAGAUCACUGAAGAAACUUCAACUAGACUAUGUGGAUCUUUUCCUUAUUCAUAUGCCUGUUGCUAUGAAGGCUGGGGAAGAGCUUAUUCCAAAAGAUGCCAGUGGAAAAUUUCUUUUAGAUAUAGUAGACAUCCGUGACACAUGGGCUGCUUUAGAGAAGUGUAAAGAUGCCGGUUUAACCAGAUCUGUUGGAGUGUCCAAUUUUAAUCACAAACAGCUGGAAAUGAUCCUGAACAAGCCAGAGCUCAAAUACAAGCCUGUCUGCAAUCAGGUGGAAUGUCACCCUUACCUAAACCAGAGCAAACUGCUGGAGUUCUGCAAGUCUAAGGACAUCGUCCUAGUUGCCUACAGUGCACUGGCAUCCCAUAGAGACCCGAACUGGAUUGACAAGGAUAUCCCACAUCUCUUGGAGGAGCCAAUCUUGAAUACCAUUGCCAAAAACCACAACCGAACACCAGGCCAGGUUGCCUUGCGUUAUCAUCUGCAGCGAGGUGUGGUGGUCCUGGCCAAGAGCUUCAAUGAGAAGAGGAUUAAAGAGAACUUUCAGGUUUUUGACUUUAAGUUGACCCCAGAGGAUAUGAGAGCAAUUGAUGGCCUCAACAGAAAUUUUCGAUAUGCUAAAUUAGAACAUGCUGUUGAUCACCCUUACUACCCAUAUUCUGAAGAAUUUUAA